UACAUAAAUUAGUAGUUCUUGUCUUUAAAACCUAAUCCCAAUCUCCUGAAGUUGAAACUAAUUUGGGGAAGAAUAUGACAAAGAAGCAACGACGUCGUAUUGGAUGUUAAACUAAGAAAUGACGUCGUUUUAUUCUUCUUCUACUCCUUGAUAGUACCGACAUUUUUCAGUCUUCAAAUGCAUUUGUCACUGCUUUUGUCUACUGCUGAGUGCUGAUAUUCAACAGGGAUAGAGUAUCAUAUGGCUGUCUUGAAAUUAGGCAAUCAUGGACGAAGAACGCUUCUUUCUAUCAUGGUUUUUUUAGCAGUUAUGAUAGUUUUCUCUCAGUUUUGGGCAUUGCCUUAUGGUACAUACAUAUCUACUUUGUUACCUGGUGAAGCCUCUUCACCUCUCAUAAUGAUACAAGAAAGUUCACCUUCCUUGCAUUUGAAUAAGAAUGGUACUUUUGACAUGGUGGAGGGAGUUGGUGAGAACCGACUUACAGUCCAGAUAAGUGAACAUGUUGUUGCUUCUAGUAAGGAAUUGGCAUCAGUGAGAAAAGCUACGAAUGUGGACAGUGGAAUGAGCCAAUCAAAAUUGUUGCAUAACAAUGCUAGUCGUGAUGACGUUGAUCAAGGUGCCAUCAAUAUGGGUGUUUCAGCAAAUUAUUCGACUGCAUUUGGUCAAACUAUCAUUGAUAUCACAAAACCUUUGGGUACGGGAUCAUUUAUUUCAGCCUCAUCAAGUAGCUCGGAGGUGCACAAAGUCAAGCAAGUUAUGGAGUUCGAGGCUGGGAGUAAGAAUGACUCGUCUAAGAUUGCAAGAUAUGUGAGAAAGAUGAGGGGGGCAACUAUAACUUUAUCUGAGAUGAAUACCAUGUUGCUUAGUCGUUCUUCCUUUUUGACCUCAGUGAAGCGACGAAGAUCUUCUUCAAUACGUGAUCGCCAACUUCGUACUGCAAGCCUGCAGAUCAAGAAUGCCCCUGUAAUAAGGAACUUGCUCGACUUGCAUGCUCCUCUUUUCCGGAAUGCCUCUGUUUUCAAAAGGAGCUAUGACUUGAUGGAUCAUCUUCUCAAAGUUUAUGUAUACAAAGAAGGGGAGAAGCCAAUAUUUCACCACCCAAGACUACGCGGGUUAUAUGCAGCAGAAGGAUGGUUUAUGAACCUGUUAGAGAGAAGUAAACGAUUCACUGUAAGGGACCCUAGAAAGGCCCAUCUUUUUUACUUACCAUUCAGCUCUGAAACACUGCGCACAACCCUGUAUGAUGAGAAGUCACAUAGUAUCAAGGACUUGGAGCAUUAUCUCACAGAUUAUUUGGAUUUGAUAAAAACGCGAUACCGCUUUUGGAACAGGACUGGGGGAGCAGAUCAUUUUUUCGUUGCCUGUCAUGAUUGGGGCCCGCGUAUAACAAGGGAUCAUAUGAGCAGUUGCAUCAGAGGACUCUGUAAUGCCAAUGUUGCAAGAGGAUUUAGUGUAGGCAAAGAUGUCAGUGUACCGGUAACUUAUAUUCGUAGCGGGAAUGACCCCACAAGAGACAUAGGAGGAAAACCACCUUCUGAGAGAAAUAUAUUAGCCUUCUUUGCUGGCCAGUUGCAUGGUUAUCUCCGUCCUUUAUUAUUGCAAUACUGGGAGAAUAAGGUACCUGAUAUGAAGAUCUUAGGUCCAAUGCAGCGGGAUGUUCAAAGCAAAGCAGUCUACAGGGACUACAUGAAAAGCAGCAAGUACUGCAUUUGUGCCCGAGGUUAUGGGGUCCACACCCCUAGGGUUGUCGAAUCCAUAUUCUACGAGUGUAUUCCCGUGAUUAUAUCUGACAAUUAUGUGCCUCCUUUCUUCGAGGUGCUAGAUUGGGAGACAUUUGCUGUGUUCGUUCUAGAGAAAGACAUUCCAAAUCUGAGGAACAUUCUUCUCUCCAUCUCUGAAGCGAGGUACCUUGAUAUGCAACAGAAGAUAAGAAUGGUGCAACGGCAUUUCAUAUGGCAUAAAACGCCGGAGAAGUAUGAUUUGUUUCACAUGAUCCUUCACUCAAUUUGGUAUAACCGAGUUUCUCAGAUAAAGUCUGCUUAG